UUGAGGUUUGAGAUCAACUCAUACUCUUUCCUAUCACAGUCAAAACAAAUUGUUCAAGCUUCAGAUGUGAGGCAAAAUUAAUAUGGCACACAUCAACCUUCUUUUCAUAGUCACUUUCCUUUCUAUCUUUUCAUGUCUUGCACUGGUUGAGCCAUCUUUGGCUCGGAACCAAAACCAAACAAUGGCUUACAUAAAGUCCUCUUGCCAAGGAACCCGGUACCCUGAUCUGUGCAUACGUUGCCUAGCCAGGUUUGCCAAAUUCACCAUAGAUGGUCCUCAGGACUUAGCCCAUGUUGCACUCUCGGUGAGCCUCUCUAGAGCACUGAAAACAAGGAGCUACUUGUUAAAAGUGGCCAAGGAACUUGAGGAAUUCAAGGGUAAUAGGGUGUUCCUUAUUGUGCAAGAUUGUUCCAUGCAAAUGAGUGAUAGUGUAGACCAACUUUACCAAGCCAUCAAAGAACUCCGCAAAUUGAACAAACGCACUAUCAUAGAUGACACCUUAUUGUGGCACAUAAGCAAUGUCCAAACAUGGGUAAGCACUGCCUUAACUGAUGCUAGCUAUUGUGUUCAAUCGUUCCCUGGUCAUAGGAUGAGUAAGAGGACUGCUACUAUAAAGGUUAAGGCGCAAAAUGUUGCUGAACUCACUAGUAAUGCACUCAACUUAUUUCAUAGAUAUGCUUCUAGGUACCAGGCAGCAUCUAGAGCCACCAAGAAACCUUAAUUAACAUAUGCCAAGUGUUAGUUACCCUUUGUUCGUCAACCAAGUAUGAUUUGUAUGGGUAAAAUUUGUAUUCAUCACAAUAAUGUUAGGAUGAAGUUUUGUUUGUCAUAGGUUUUAAUUAAUAAUUCAAGUCAACAGCGAUUGGCACAAGUCACAACAAAGGGUGAACCCCCUACUUAUUAGCUAGGGUUCAAAACUUGUCAAAGUCUAUCGUUGGUGGAUUCUUUAGUUACUUCUAUGAUCGCUUGAGGAGUCGAAUAAUUCUUAUGAGAAAUUUUAGAAAUUUAAUGAAUUUGAAAUAAAAUUUAAAUUAUCAU